AUGAUCUUUGACGUGCUGCAACAAGUGUUGAACGAGCUCUUUCUGGAUGUACAAGAGAGCAAUUUUUCUCUUUACGCCGGUGAUCUCUUUGAAUCCAGCUACUUUAAGCUCACCGACGUCUUUCUCAAGCCUUCCUUUGUGAACCUUCUACAGCUGCCAUUUGAGUUGUCUGCUGGGUACGUUGGUAACAUUACAGUCGAGGGUCUCGUGGGAGCUGUGGCGGGAUGGCCAUUGGAUAUCAGCAUUAGCGACCUUUGUCUUGUACUGAAACCCAAUCACGUAAAGUGGGGGAAUGAGCAGCUCCUUCGCUAUGCCAAGGAGCUGCUGGUUGCACUCUUCCAAUGUUUUGGAGCACCUGCAGCUGUUCAGAACGAUAACACAUCCUUCAUCUCACCUGUGAAGUGGAUCUGGAGUCGAAUACAACCGGUUAAGGCAAAAACAAAUAUCCAGCUAGAGCGUGUUCAUCUUCGUGUGGAGAGUCAACGCAGCGAUAACAUGAUAACUUACGGGAUUUUUGUUCCAUUAAUUAGCUUUGCCCCGCGUGAAGUGGAGGAGCAAAUCUUACAACGACGUCAGCAACCAGGUGUGACAUAUGCUAAAGCUUCCGAUAUGGUCUCGUCCAAACUACUCUCAAUUGAGAACAUGUCAUCAUAUACUGACCUCGACGCCAGCCCAUACUGGAUUAGACCAGUUGAAACUCAAACCACAUCAACUCCAGCAAAGUCGUACCUUAAGAAUGCCAAAGUCAGGCCCGAUUCCUCAUUGCGUCAAUACACCUUUGAAGAUGCCCUGGAACAUUUCAGAACACGAGCACUUAUGCCGUUUAUUCGCGCUGAACAUCGUGAGAUUGUAUUCGCACGCGUAAUUUGGAUAAAACUCGACUUUGAAAGAGCCCAGCCAAUCCCAAUGAUGAAACGAGGCUCAACGAAGCUUAUAUUGAUCGCAUUGGACAUUGCUACGGAAGCGAUCGCGAUAAAUAUUGAUUUCGAUCAAAUAGCUGUGAUACGAGAAGAAAUCGAUAAUGUAGUCGCUUACUUUCAACGUAUACGCACCUGGCACUGGCGUCCAUCCUGCAUCGAUAGAUUGCAUCAUACGCCACCAAAGGUUAAAGUGUCGGCCAGCGCUCUUUUUCCGUUGUCAUUAAGUGAAGAGGAACAUUCUAUUAUAUGUCACGAAAAGCAGGUCAAGUCUAGGCUAUGGUUUCGCAGCAUGUGGAGAUAUGCUUUUAGGUGUAUUAUUGACCAACAGCAAAGAGUAGAGCACCAACUUGGGGAUGAAAAGAGGAACUCUAGAAUUUGGUGGCGGGUUGACAAUCUCAAGGACAAGAAGCUUCAAGAAUUUCGUCGCCAGCGCUAUAUUCACUUGUACGCACGCUAUCUAAGUCCUGAUGCCAUGGAGAUUGCAUUAUACGGUCGACGAAAAGCGCUUUUUGGAUUGGGAUUACCGCUGGAUCAACCGAAUGAAAUUCCUUCUCCACCGUCUCCGCGACGCCGGCCCUUGCCACGGUUUGACGCGCUUAGCCACGAUGAAUUAUGGGAAUUUUCAGAUUUCAUUGCAAGCAUGUCUGUUUCCGAGCAACGAAUAUGUCGAGCCCUUGCAGAGCAGCAACUUCGAAAAGAUUAUACAACUGCCCCUCCCUCUCCAUCGCGAAAAAUUUCGUCCACGAUGGAAAUUUCAGUUUUUCAUGGUGAUCUUACGUCAGAUCACUCUGUGCAGCAUAGCCGACGUUAUUCCGUCGAUAGUAUUAAGGUUGGUGUAACAAAUCAACUAAGUCUCACACCGGAGGAGACUGGAUAUCGUCACAAGCGAGGAAUGACCAUUGCGUUAACAGGUGAUGAGUAUUCCACAUUUCGCGCGUUUCCCACAGAGUCUCAGCUUCAAUCUAGUCCAACAAGCAACCAGCCAAGUCGCGAGAUUGCUUCUACGUUGCGUUCAUUUCAAAAGAAGCUGCAACCGGUAAUUUGUCAAAUUACGCCGCGCCUUGAAAAUGAGUUUUUUCCUGCUUGGGUUUUUGAUCCGACUAAGGUUAUCCCUCUUUUCAACUGGCACAUAGGUCCUGUAACGGUUCGACUCAACGUACAUGCAGGUGACUUGGAAUUUGGUGUCAUUAUUGACAUAGGCGGCUGUGGUGGUGCGGUGCUUCUUAGUAAAAUACCUUUUCUAAGUAGUUUGAUGGAAGUGCGUAUUGGAUUACUUCACGUCACAUUAACAAGACAAGCACGGUUUUCAAGGGAUAAAACCAGCAUCGACUUGGACCCCAUAGAGUCCAGAUGGAUCUCGAGCAACUACAUUCGUACCCCGGAAGACGGAUUCUUGUACUUUGGGGUGAGGUACUCUGCGAAAGAUGUAGAGAGUGGACAUUCGGAUGAAGACGUUUGUCUAAAGGGAAGAUUGUGCAUCGGCCCCAUCACAAUUGAUUGCAGCGAUGCUGCAAAGAGCGCAGGAGUGGGUCAGGCGAUUUUUCACGAACUUCAGAUGUCAUGUACGAUGUUGUUUGCCUUUUGA